CUUCACCCUAGUUAACCUGUGGCAAUCCUCGAAAUCCUAUCGGCUUCCUCUCGUGGACGCGUCUUCUUGUCACGUGACAUAGUUACGCCCCAGAAAUUGUCUUGCCUUGCAAGCAAGCCGUCUUUGGAGAAACAAUUUUUUACGUGCGGAUUUUAUUCAUUUUCAAUCCAUUCCAUCGGGAGACAACGCGAUGGCGGACAAAGACGAGGAUGUUUUUAUGGCAAAAUUGGCCGAACAGGCUGAAAGAUACGACGGUAAAUGUUGACUUAGCGUUAUUCUUUUCCGUCUACUACGCGCCUCUUCUCUUGCCCAAUGACUUUACAGUUGCUAAGGGUCGCUCGCUUCUUUAUUAUUUUUCACUCAUGCUGAACUAUGGCCGUAAUUUAUAUUUAUAAAUUCUCAGCGAUGAUAUAUUGAACUGUUCACAUGCCGUACAAUUAAUUUCACCCGAGAGAAUUGCAUUUUUGUAACCGAAAUACAAGUGUUAAAAUGUAGUUUGUAUAUUUGUCAGCGUCCUUAACGUCCGGGCGAAAGUAAACUUGAAUUUUUGAAUUUCUUUUAGAAAUGGUGCUCUACAUGAAGAAAGUCGCCAAUACGGGAAUCGAAUUGAAUACUGAGGAAAGGAAUCUCUUGUCGGUCGCUUAUAAAAAUGUGAUCGGGACUCGACGAGCUUCGUGGCGAAUUGUCAGCACUAUCGAGUCGAAAGAAGAAAAGGACCAGAAAGAAAAAUCAGUGUCCGAAGACAAACUGGAAAUAAUUAAGGAAUGUCGGGAAAAGAUCGAGAAAGAGCUUAAAGAUAUUUGCAACGAUAUUUUGAAUCUCUUGGACAACCAUUUGAUCAAAGGCACUUCGGAAUCGAAUACAGAAUCCCUUGUCUUCUACAAGAAAAUGUAAAUAUUCGUUUUGUUUUGUGUCGAUUGCGAUGCGCCGAUGCUGAUACUUGUCUGAAAGAUUGAAAUAAAACGAUUUCCGGUUCUUGAAAAGAUCGGGCAUUUGAGAAAGCCAUUUUCCCUUACCUUGAUAAAAUAUUUCGAGUUGUGCAACGUAUAUACAUUUUGAUACUCGGGGCAAGUUUAUACAUGUCUUUGGACUUUGUUGUUCGAGUAAUUAUUUUAUUAUUGAAUGUCUAUGGCAGUGAUUUUGAGCCAAAUUGAAUGUGAUGUUAAAAUGGUCACAACGGAAAAGUGAACGAGAAUUUUUGUUUGCAAAAAAAUGAUUUGACGGAAUGUAUACUUUUUGGGCAAUCAGAAACGAAAAUCUCUAUAUUUCAAAGUAAACAGAAGCUGUCAAAUAGUUGCACCUGCCCUAGUUCAUUAUCAUGCAAAGCUUGCUAUCAGCUGGUCCCGCUAGCGUUCAUCCUUCUCGCUGUCUUUCGAGAGUCUUUCUUUGCUAGUAAACGAACGCGUAUUGUCGUUAGUCGAUACGAUUAAAUUUUGAACUAGCAUUGAUUCAGUCAUGUUUUAUCAAAGCUAAUUCAGGAUGUUUGUAUUAAACAAUGGCCAGCUCCAAAAGAGUUAUUUACACUGCAUAGUAUAAUUGCGUAUUUACACAGAAUCUGAUCUACUUGUUCAACCUUAUUCAUUAUUUUCAGCAGGCAUGGGAUUUCUAUUCGAUUACUUUUGUGAAGCGAUGUUGAAAAUGGCUACAUUGUUUUAGCGUUUUCCAAAAAUGAUUGCAAUCGCAAAUUGUAGUACAUGAAAUCACACCUUCUGACUUAUAGGUGAUUCAGGUUAAGCGUUUAAUGGAAUUGUUCAUAGCAUCUGUCACGAUUGUGACUAUAGGUCCAACAGUAAAACCUCGCGUAGAAAAUGAGUCGCUUUUUUCUUAAGAAAAUAAGAACGUAUUUAAGAACCGGUUUAGCCCAAUUUCCUGGUAACUUGGAAAAAUCUAGGUUCUUAUAUACUGUAGGCAUGCGUACAUACAAUAUUCACAUACAAUAUUCACAUUUUUAUGGACAAUAAUUUUUUUAUGAACUCUAACGCCUAGUCUAACGCUAACCGGUUCUUAUCCUAACCGUUCUGGCCACUUGUUUGCAAGUAGAAGAACUCUUGUGCACAUUCACUUGAAAUUCCACUCCUGGAUUUGAGCCGGGUGAUAGCGCAUGCAAGGCAAAUGCCUUGACCACUCGACUACUGAGGAAUUGCUUGAAAGCAACUGAAAUCUAUUUGGUAUCAUUGUUUAAAGAACGAGGAAAACAUUUCUGUCGGAUCUAUAGCCAUAUAAACUUAAAGUUACGGUGUCCGCACACAAUAACCACGGAAAAUUUAAAUUUCUCCAAAUGGCCAUGGGGGAAGAUUGCAAAUUGACUUCUACAAUUUCAACUGUAUGUAAUGUUACAUUUUUAUCUAACUUUAGGAAAGGUGAUUACAAACGAUACAUUGCGGAAUUCUCGUCAGGCGCGGAUAGGAAAACGUUUGCCGAGGCGUCACUUGUCGCAUACAAGGAGGCAACAGAUGAUGCAACAGCGCUUCAACCCACUAACCCCAUCCGUCUUGGCUUGGCUCUUAACUUUUCAGUGUUUUAUUAUGAAAUCCUGAACUCCCCAGACCGAGCGUGCCGAUUGGCCAAGGGAGCAUUUGAUGAUGCAAUAGCCGAACUGGAUACGCUAGAAGAAGAUUCCUAUAAAGAUAGUACCUUAAUUAUGCAGCUUCUUAGAGAUAAUUUAACACUAUGGACGUCAGACAUGCAAGGAGAAGGUGAUACUGGUAAGUAAUAUGAUUGGUCCUUGAAUUUGAAAACAAAAAUUCAAGGUCUUGAAUUGUCCCUGAAUUUGUAAAGAAGUUUUGUAAAGUUUUUGGAUAUUUUCUGAAAUUGUUUGACAUUCAAAAUGGACAUUUUAUUGAAUUGAUUUUGCAUGUUCGUGUCUGUCAAAGCUGUUUGGAACUCAUUAAAGUUGCAUUUUGAACAAUUCAACGUCAGACUCUACUGAUUUUCCCUUUUCUUCAGUAUUUAGUCCUUGAAUUUGCCGAUACAGCGGGUGCCCUUUCAAAUCCGCCAUGAUGAAUUUGACUAGGAGCGAAAACUACAAAGUGUAAACGAAGACUUCGUUGAAAAGUUUUGUCUUGACAUCUAAUUUUCAGUUCAAGUAAAGGAUUAAAAAGCUAUUAGCUUCUUUGAAGGCUCAAAAUCAAACGAGUGCUGCAUCAUUUGUUCAUUUACAAAAAGAUGUGCGCAUGCAGUCUUGUAAAAACAAAGUUUCGUGUAAACAUGAAACGUUUUAGCUUGACCAUAACAAUAAUGACGAUAUAUCGUUGCGCCAGUUUCCACCUGCGGUUCAAUAAAUUAUCAUUUGUGAAAGUACUGUGAUAAAAUCAAUAUAUAUAUAUAUAUAUCAAAAUAUCGCCCAACUCUAUUUUGUUUGCGAUGCUACUCUGAGUGUAUAUCCACUAAAAUAUGCCUGGCCACAGUGGGAAUCAAACCUACGACCUUUGGAAUACUAGCCCAAUGCUCUACCAACUGAGCUAUGCGGUCAGUCUAGUUCCUUUGAUAUCAAUGCAAUCUAUGAUUACUAGAUUGCAUUGAUAUUGAAGGAACUAGACUCAGUUCCGGAAAUAUCACAUACUCGAACCAACCUGACCGCAUAGCUCAGUUGGCAGAGCAUUGGGCUAAUAUUCCAAAGGUUGUAGGUUCAAUUCCCGCCGUGGCCAGGCACAUUUUUCGGGCUUGCCCGGUGUGGAUAUACACUCAGAGUAACAUCACAAACAUCACAUUCACCUGAGUACAUAACACCAACACACUGGUGUUUGAAGUCCAAAUUUAGGUUGGUUUUCAUUGACCCACCCCUUGCCAAAAAAGUUGCCCCUGAUCCUCAUUCCAUACAUUUCCCUUUCAGGAACAGGCAAGGCUGCUGACAGUGAAUUGCAGGAUGUUGAGGAUCAAGAACUAGAAGAUUAAACUUAUUAAGAACUAUAAACAAUAUCAAAGAAUUUUUUCAUAUUUUAGCUUAAAUCAUUGUUCCUAUUGAUAUGUGUUUAAAGGAUUUUAUAUUUUACAGCACAAACUGUAGUUGCUAAGUUAUUAAAUAGUAUGUUUGUUUGAGAUCAUUAUCAUCCCAUUAGAUUUUUCACAAAACUAAAGUGACACUGGUGACUGUGAAUUAAGAACACUUAGCGAGUAGAGACUAAAAGGAAUUUGGUGUUGAAUACUCAGAACGAUCUGUACGGUGCUGCUACUGUAAAUAAAACAUAGAAUUGAUCUGCUGCUGUUGUCAAAAUUGAUUCACUAAAGCAUGGUUUCCAUAGGGUUGUAAAAAUAUAGAGUCGCGAUCUUUCUCAACGAAAU